AUGGCCAUUCUCAGCUUCGUCUGGGUUCAUGUCGUCGCUGGCUUCGAUUCGAUGACACAUGUUCGAUUGGUCUCGACUGUCCUGUCAUCCGAAUCGAACGGAUGGUUCGUCGUCCUCGUCGUCCGUUUGCAUGUCGGCACCGUCGACCUGCGACGUUCAUCCGGACACACCGACGUGGUCGGUCGAGUCCUUGUCCAGCAUCUCCGGACCGUGAGCCUGCGUCAUGCGCGUUGGGGAGAUUGCAUCGUCGUCAUGGGUCCAUUCGCUCCCGUUCCAGUGCAUCACACCAAGGUCAUGCCAACACCCGGCAGCAAAGCCAAGUCGGUGGGGUAA